AUGGCCAGCGUCACCGAGCAUCUUGAUAUUGCUCCUGCCGGAUUCUUUUCUUGUAUCAGCCGCGGAUUCCUCAAGCAUGCACCUCCGAAUCUUGUCUGUGAUGACUUGAUAUCACAAGCCUUGGACUUUGAACAUCAUUGGGUCACGGAGGAUGGGAAGACCCCUGCUCGCUUGACAGGAAACUUGAAAGUCGUCCCCACAAACUCCUUCGCAGAUUGCCCACCACUCGAUAUCAUAGUCCUUGGAGCUUACGCAGCAGGCUACCAAGUCAGCAAAACAGAAAAACAAUUUCUUCGCAAAGCCUACGCUGAGUGUGCUGCACUCCUUUGUGUCUGCGCGGGAUUUUUACCUGUACUCGCUGCAGGGAUUCUAGAAGGCAAGACCGUCACUGCGCCCAUCCCCAUGCUACCCAUGAUGCGGCAAACGGCUCCUGGAACAAAUUGGAUCAAGAGAAGAUGGGCUCAGGAUGGUAAAAUCUGGACGAGCGGCUCUUUAUUGAAUGGAAUGGAUAUGGUGGCUGCCUUUGGAAGACAUACCUGGGGUGGUAAAGGUACACUGGUUGAUCAUAUGAUUCAAGUUGGAUAUUGGCCUGAGAGGGAUGUGAACUAUGCGGAAGUCACCCGGACUUCGAAGCUUUAG